AUGGUCCGAAAUCUGCCAUUCCUCGGUUUCUUGACUGGUCUUCUUCUUGUAUUUGUCAUUUUCUGGAUUUAUAAGAAUCAGAAUUUGAAGCUUUAUUUAAUGCAAAAUGAAGUUGAGUAUGAGAAAGAGCAACAUGCUAGACUAUUAGUGCAGAAUAUCGGUUUGUUUAAAGUUGUAAGCUGUGAUCACUUCAUAAUGUUUUAA